AUGGCUAUUGUUUACGACAAGGAGCUCUUGGCUUGGUAUGUGAUCACUCUCAAGCUCCGAGGAACUGUGGAAUCUCGACUCCCCAAGAAAUCAACCUAUGGGGGUGAAAUCGUCUCCGCCUAUGAGCCGAGGCCUCCUGGGUCCGAGUGGGUCAUCUCCAUUGAAGAGAAGCUCGCGCAAGCCUGGGUCCCCCAGAUCGUCUCCCUCGGGCUGUACCACCAUGGUGAGGAGCACCUCCGCCAUCUGGAGCAGCACAAGUGGCGCUGCCUCCACCGCGUCCUCAAGCGCUCCGGUCAGGGGAUAGCCCUCUAUCUAGACUCGGUGAAGAAGGUCGAGUGGAGAGCUCGCGCCUGCUAUGAGGGAAGGAUAUCCAUGAGCCGCAACAAGUUUGUGGAGAUGAUGGUUCUCGACGGGUGCUUUGUGAUCGAGAUGUUCCUGGGGUUCGCUGAGGGAUUCGGGAAACUUGGCUACGCUUUCAAUGACCCUGUCUUCUCAAUGCAAGGAUCGAUACUCCAAAUCCAGCGGGACAUGAUCAUGCUCGAGAAUCAGAUCCUGCUAUUCAUGUGA